AUGGCCUCUGAGCUCCCCCGUACAAUGAAAGCCUGGCAGUUCACCAGCACCUCCCCCACGAUUGAGAAGAAUCUGAAGCUCAACACCAGCGCUCCUCUCCCUACACACUCGACCUCCCUCGCAGCCGACCAGAUCCUUGUGCAAGUCCUCGUCGCAGCUCUCAACCCCGUCGAUUACAAACUCCCCCGCCACGCCCAGCAUCGACUUCGCAGGUCGCGUCGUCGCCACAGGCCCCAACAGCAAGAAAGUCUCCUCGACGGACCUGAAGCCAGGGCAGCUGGUCUUUGGGCGCCUCGACGGCCCCACGAAGUUUGGGACUCUGGCCGAGUACACCGUCGCGCCGCGAGCAAGGAUAUUGUGGCGGAGUUGAAGAAGAUGCCACCGUUUGAUCUCGUGGUGGAUAACGUCGGCUUGCCGGCAAAUCUUUACUGGGCUGCGCCCUCAUUUCUGAAACCCGGCGCACCGUAUGUGCAGCCCGGUGCGUCCGGCAUUGAUCUGGCCUUCGCCUGGGAGGUUUUAUGCAAACAAGUGUGGCCACGUUGGUUGGGGGGUGGGCAGAGGCCGUGGGAGUUCCUGCAGCUGGUGAGCAAAGUUGAGGAUUAUGCGCAGAUUGGGCGCUGGAUGCAGGAGGGAAAGGUGCGCGCGGUGCUGGAUGAGGUUUUUGAUAUGGAGAAUAAGGGGCCUGUCAGGGCAUUUGAGAAAUUGAGGACCGGGAGGACGAGGGGCAAGAUUGUUGUUAAGAUUGCGGAGCGGUGGGAGGAGUAA